AUCACAUGUCGAAGCUUGAAAUUUGUUGAAGGGCAGAGGCCAUCUCAUCGCAGAUACGCUGCUGUUUUUGAAGUAAUUGUCUGUGAUGUAGUUCUGUUCAGUGAUUCCAAUUGACAUUUUGGAAAUUGUAACUAUUAAGUUGGGUAGUGGUGAGCAAAAGUAAUCAAAAUGCCCGAUGGCAAAGAAAAUAAGGACGGCAGCAAAAUGUACGAGAACUUCAAAGGUGGAAAUGGAAAGUGUUUCCCGGAAAUAAGAGCUGGUGGUGACUGUCCUGUUUCACCUCUGGAACUGCUUCAAACUUCUGUUGCCCAAUCAGAAAUUUCAUUUGGUUGUCCACCUGUUUUGAGAAACAUCUCCAAUAAUUCACCAGUUACAUCGCAAAGUACAUCUCCAGGUGAUGUGAGCAGGGUAGUUGCUGAUCCGUGCAGUAGCUCGGAUACAGAAGGUGAAGUAAGCCUCUCUGAUGGCUUAAGAUUGAGAAGACUGUGGGUGGCUGAGAAAGAUUGGUUGAACAAAGAGAUCCCUGAAUUAAGAGAGGUCAGAGAUUUGUUGGAGGAUGAUGCAAGUGUUCUGGCAGAAGAGGAUGAUGGUGCUGGUUGCCCUUUGCCAAGCACGCCAGAAGAUGAACAUCUUUUGGACUGUGAGAUGACGGAAGUUCUGAAAGCUGGUGUGCUUUCAGAUGAAAUUGAUCUAGGAGCAUUGGCGCACAAUGCUGCAGAACAAGCAGAGGAAUUUGUCCGAAAAGUAUGGGAAGCAUCAUGGAAAGUAUGCCACUUCAGAAAUUUACCCCAAUGGCUACAGGACAAUGACUAUUUACAUGCUGGACAUAGGCCACCCCUUCCAAGUUUUUAUGCGUGCUUCAAGAGCAUAUUUCGCAUUCAUACAGAGACUGGAAACAUCUGGACACAUUUAUUGGGUUGUGUUGCAUUUAUUGGGGUAGCCACAUACUUUCUUACACGACCUUCAGAGGAAGUUCCGCUUCAAGAAAAACUUGUAUUUGCUGCGUACUUUGCUGGUGCUAUAGUCUGCCUUGGAAUGUCUUCUGCAUUUCAUACUGUGCACUGCCACUCAGAGUGUGUGGGGAAGCUAUUUAGCAAGCUCGAUUAUUGUGGCAUUGCAAUGCUAAUAAUGGGAUCAUUUGUUCCCUGGUUGUAUUACGGCUUCUACUGUGAUUUCCAGCCCAAACUAAUCUACUUGAGUGUCGUCAUUGGGCUGGGUGUAACAUCCAUUGUAGUAUCCCUAUGGGAUAGAUUUAGUGAACCUAAAUACAGAUCUUUACGUGCAGGUGUAUUUAUGGGCUUUGGAUUGAGUGGAGUUGUUCCUGCUGUCCAUUACGCUGUCUCUGAAGGAUGGUUUAAUGCAAUUGCUCAAGCAUCAUUAGGGUGGUUGAUACUUAUGGGAUGUUUAUAUAUCUUGGGAGCUUUGUUUUAUGCUCUGAGGGUACCAGAAAGAUUCUUUCCAGGAAAAUGUGAUAUUUGGUUUCAGUCUCAUCAGAUCUUCCACGUAUUGGUCAUAGCUGCAGCAUUUGUCCACUACCAUGGUAUAACAGAAAUGGCUAUGUAUAGGCUAAAUGUUGGAGAAUGUCAAACUCGGGACACGCCACUUGAUUCUGAAAUUCAUAGUAUCAACAGGCAGUCAUUGUAAUUGUUGGAUGUAUGAGACUGUGAAAAUACGUGACUGGACAGUUGACAUGAUGGUCAGUACUCUACAUGUGAGAUUGGUUAAUGAAAAUGAUUCAGCAACUAAGUUGCUGAAGGUCGUGUUAUAAAGAGAAAGAUGGUGCUGCAGUCAUGGGAAAGUACUUCAAGCAUAACAGCAAAAAGAGUUGUCAUCAUAGUAAGCUGGGUGACCAGUAGUGGUCACUGUUUGGGAUUAAGACUUUUCACCUUCCAAUAUGUUUGUGUAAUAAGUCACUUGUGAUCAAUAUGACCAUACCUAGUGAAACACAAUGUCUCUUUUGGUAAGUUAUCAAGGCUGUUAUGCAACACUUAGCAUUGCACAUGUCUGUGUAGCAUUUUAAAUUAUCACACCUUUCCCUGUUCAUUUGCGCACAAGCUUACUUUUGCUGAGUCAAAGAAUUAUCAUGUCAAAUAUCACAUUGUUUGAAGCUUUGUUGUAGGCUAAUAUAUAUUACCCUGCAAGAUCUUUGUGCGUGUCUUUUAAAUCUAUAUGUUUUGCUUUGGUGUCUAAAGAAAUGUCAUUUGGCCCAAAAACUUAAGAAUGAUUGACUUUAUUUUAGUAUACAGAACCAUUGGAAUUGUAAACAGAUCAGGAGGUAUACCCAGUAGAUGUUAAAAAUUGUCAUGUGUAUGUUCUAAGUAUUAACUCUUACUACUUUACUUUUACAUGUUUGCCAUCACCAUUGUAGUUGUAGUGGUAAAGUGGUAUUACAUUCACUACAUAAAACUUCACAAAAAUAUAACUUUGUUUGAAACAUCAACAUAAAGACUGAGAGAUCACAUAUGUGCUCAGUGUGUGAAAAUGUAACAAAGUAAUAUAUAUAUGCACACAAAACAUAUCUAGAAGAGCGUAUGAUCUCUGAGAGAAACACCAGCAGUGUAAUAGGAAAUAACCCUGCAAAAAUAAGUGGCACAUUUGUCAAACAUAUAUAUGUGGCUGGUUUCCUUCACCAUCAUUGUCCAUUCUGAGCAAGUGCAGUGUGUCUAAUAAACUUGCCAUCAAUGAGGUAUUAAACUCUAACCUUAUUUUUUGUAUGAAGUAACUGUAAAAAAAAUAUGAAUACACUGCUGUGCUUUCCUAGAAUUAGUUCCAUUGGAGGUGGUUUGUCUUUGUCUUCCUCCAAUCUUUGAACUUAGUGACCCUGCCAUUUAUAAGGUGACCUACAUUUCCACGUGGACUCCAGACCACAGUGCAGUUUGCCGCUUUUCACAUUAAUAAAUCUUUGCAGAGGUGCAAGAAGUGACAGGGAAAAUGCAGGAGCAACUGGGGAUUGAACCCAGCACCUUUGGAUAUUUAAUACGGGAUUUACUGGGCCAAUUAGACUUACACCCUUCUUGUAGAAGACCGCAAAGAUCAGGAGAAAGAAAUACUUAGUCACUUAUUUAUUGAAAUAAAGUACUGUUGGACUAUUAUCUUAAGGUACUUUACAUGAGUAUCUAUGGCUAUACUCGGCAUAUCACUGAAGUACAUGACAUUGUGGGCAGUCAGACUGAUCUGCAGUGUCAGUUUGUAAAUUUCUUGUAUGCCAUUGUUCAAGUGUCUUGUAAUUCUGUAUCUGCUGUCAAGUGUGUGUGUGUGUGUGUGUGUGUGUGUGUGUGUGUGUGUGUGUGUGUGUGUUUGGGUUGGGGGGGGGG